AUGCCAAGGGAUUUGAUGGACUACUUUUCACAGGGCGGGUCCAAUAAAGGCGGUGUUACCAAGAAGCAGGAGAACGGUUCGAGUGAAUGGCUGGGUCCUUCAGUUUCUAUGGCAGUUGAAGUUGGAGACAGAGAUGAGUUCGAGAGGACGACAUUCAAUUUAAAAAGGACACGUUCAAUGGGUUUGCUUGAUGAAUACAUAGAACCGACGAGGAAAUUAUUGGAAAGGUCGUCUGCUUAUGGCGGUAAUUUGGAGAGAACUCCUACGAGUUUUGGUAACUAUUCGGAGAGAAGCUCUGUAUGUCUUCCGCCGGCGGAUCAGGACGCGGUGGCCUGUGAGCAACAACAAUGCAAUUUUUCUGGGAGUAUGCUAUCCCCACAACUGACGGUACUGAGUGUUGGUGGUGCGGAAGAUAGUAAAUCGCCCCCGGUACCUGAUACGGACAGUUUUAGGCUUCCAUUGGACGAUAACGAUGUACAGCAUGAGCCUAACAGACACGUGGACUACUUAUCGCAUAAAUGGGAGGAGUCUGAUAUAUCUCAAUCCUGGAAGUAUAUUAUAUUGAAAAAGCGACAAAAAGGCGAGCAGGACUUAAUUAAUGCCGCUAGAUUGGAAAACGCGUCAUGGAGAACGUGGGCGAAGGCUCGGAAUAACCUUCAGACUGUAAGCCCCGAGAUGGUUAAUUGGUCGAAGGACUCGGACGUGACGUGGCUUUAUGGCCCAAUUGUACGUGAUAAUUGUAAUUCCACUCACAGUACUCACGGUAACUAUAAUAACGUAAAAAGUGGCGUCGCUCAACACGAAGAGUUUGGCUAUGCUUCAGACGAUGAGACAUCUAAAAGGGUACCCGCAAAGCAAGUCGAAAAGGAAGACCGCAGGACAGGUCCUAAGCCUAUUUUGAAAAAACGUUCUGUUUCGGAAAUAAUUGAAGAAAACGCUCUUUGGCGAUUAACUGUUGCGAGACAACAUAGGAAACAAAUUACAGAUGCAAAUUCUAUUAUGGAUGGCUACGGCCGCAAUUACCAGCACGAUGAUUAUGAUGCAUUGGCAGCUAGGGUUAAUUCACAGUAUUACGUUUCUACCCAUAUGGCCAGUUCAAAGGAGCCUGGUCAUUCUACGUCCCCGAUAAAUUCACCACCUCCACAGAAUUUACAUACAAAGAUGCCGGUAAGCUUUGAAAUCGGUAGCGAUGCUAAUAUCCCACCACAACAGCCGCGUCCAGAAUCUCACUUGAAUGAUAGUAAAUCACCUUCAAAAAUUCAAGUUUUACCAUCAAUUUUGUCCAAGACAAACAAGGAGAAGGAUAAGUUGAAGGACAGACAUAUUCAUUUUAAUGACCGUGUCGAGCAGUGCAUGGCUGUAAACCAUCACACGGAUUUUGAUUAUGAUAAUGAUUACGACCAUGAUGAAUAUGCUUACGAUUAUGAUGAUGUUGACGACGACGAUGAGAAAUACGAUGGUAACGUUGCUUCCAGUAAAGGGUAUUCUAGUCAUUAUAGAGUCGCCGAAAAUCGUAAAUAUGAAAUAUCCCGUGAUGAUGAGGAGGUAGAUGAUGACGAAGACCAAGAUGACGAGGAGUUUGGUCUUUUUAUAAGUGCUACUGGUAGAAAAAUGGAAACUGGUUUAAAUGUACAUACUGAUGCUUCGUCAUAUGGAUCUUCUACAGGGGGCAAUGGUGGUAGAUUUGCAAUUCCUUUGAUUAUUAAAAUGUUACCUGCUACUACAUUGAAUUAUGGUUCCGAUGACGAAUACUGCCGAGGAAGCGAUUAUAAUAGUGGCAACGCUGUGUCUCAUAAUAUGAACACAUACAGAGGUUACGACUAUGUCUAUGAUUAUAAUUCUGUUUAUACAGCGGAUACGUCUAAUCUUCUUGCUUUUUAUACGUGUGAUAUAGUAGACGUUCCAGAGUCGUUGAGAACUCCAGUUACUGAAGAGACCUCGAUUAACUUUCGAUUAGACAAUAAUGCUUCUGAGCAACCGAAGGAGCUGAAGGCAAUCAAUGCAUUACCAUACCAACAUGAUUCGCAAGUUGUAAAUGCUUUUAAAGCAAAUAACCAACCUUACAAGAAUGAGCCAAUUCAAAACGAUGCCGACGGCAGUGAUGACUCGACUCAUACGAAUCAGAACAUAAAUUCCAACAAUAACUCGUUGAGUAAGAAUAAAAGUACAGACAGCGACUCCUUAACACUAAAAAGGACAUAUUCACUGGGAAAGUCGAACAGCUCCUCAUUGCAUGAUAUUCAACAUGGAAAGGCGCCUCUUAUCCAAUCACAUAAUUUUAUCACGGGGAAGCAACUUGCUUCCAAGAGCGGGACCUCCUUGCAUAAGAGCUCUCAACAAGUACCUCCUCAACGUCCUGUAUUACUCAAGCGCAAUCCUUCAUCUAAAAGUUUUAUUUUUGACGAUUCAGACUCAGAUUCGGAGUCGGACUCUGCACCGGUUAAAAAGGUGUCGCAUACAUUUCAACCUUCUAGCAACGAUUCUAAUGUUAGGUCUCCAUUCAGCAUUCCCACAAAGAACACGUCUGCAUCAACGUCACCCAAGGCUAUCCCUCCACCAAAUUUUGGUAGCUUCGGUUCAAGCAAUUCCCACGCCUCACUUAGCGAUGUUGACAUCCCUGGAUACAUUUCGCCAAGAAAUGGCUCAAUGCAAUAUAUGAUAUCCAAAGAAAGGAUCAUCAAUGUUAACAGUAACAACAGUAACAGUAGCAACAAUGGCCAUACCAGCGGCACUAAUACCAGCGACGAUACCGAUCGUUCAAGAAAUUUGGAUUUAGAUUCUGUGAGUAAGACAUUUGAAAAUUAUCACAUUGAUUCCCCAUCUGCGGAAGGUAGUGACAAGUAUGAUCGCGGUUCGCAAGGGAGCGGUAGGAUGAUGGAAAUGGCAAGUAAGUACUUAAAUUCAUGGAAGAGGUAA